CUAAUUUUUUGGCAGAGUUAAAUUGUACUUCGUGCAUAGUGUUGGCAAAAUGUUCAGGAUUCUUCACAUAUUGGGACAUGAACAAGGAAAGAUUUGCUGGUAUUUGGUCGACCUACUAUUCUUCUGUUGUGUUUAAGAAAAGAAAUAUAAAAAUGGACUCAUUAUACAAUCAGGAAAUAAGAGUUGGAUACAACAAUUACAAUCCAAAAUUUGAUAUGAAAAACAGUCAGAUGGAUAUCUCAACAUAUGAAGGAUAUUUUUUAAAUGCAUUUACAGAAAAGUACGGGCUGAAAAAUAAUCUUGUUUAUGCUAAUGAUACCUGGGGACCUCUUGAUGCUAAUACUGGUAUCUGGGGUGGAGUUGUAGGAAUGGUUGGAUAUAAAGUAGUUGAUCUAGGAAUUGGAUACAUCUCCUAUACUGUUGAAAGAGCUGCUUUUGUUCCAUAUACUUUCCCUAUUGGUGUGGAGGCUAGUAAUUGGGUUUCAAAGUUCCCAGGAACAAGAUCUCCAAUAGACAAUAUCAUAAAGGUGUUUGACAAAUAUACUUGGCUUGCUCUUAUUCUCAGCCUAACACUGACAAGCCUGGUUCUACUUGUUAUUGUCAAUGUACUCAGAGGGCUUGGAUUCAAACAGCCCGACAAUGCUAUUGUUCUUUUGAUGCCAUUUUCUUUACUGAAUGGUGAACCGAUGCCAGAUUGGUUUAUCUUCUAUGAAAAAAGAGUAUAUUCUGGAAGCAUUUUACUUUUGACUUAUGCAUUGGCCUCUACGCUUGUCACAUUUGCUUUUUCAAGCAAUCUUAGAGCUAUUCUUCUGUCCCCAACCUUGGAAGUUCCAAUUGAUACUUCAUAUCAAAUUGCCCAAAAGCAGAUGCAAGUUGCAUUAGCUCUGCCAGAUGUCUGGCAUUACAACUAUCUGUUAACUUCAGCUGAUCCAUAUCAAGUUAAAAUUAUGGAAAAUGUAGAUUUUAAAGCAGACUUGGAGGAGAGGUGUAUUGAUUCUCCUCAAAAGAAAACUCAUGUUUGUCUUGGUGACAAGGAAAAUGUCCUGAAUUUUAUCAAAAGUGAUCCCAAAUUUCCCAAGUAUAAACCAGUCUUCUAUUUUAGUAAGGAGCAAGUACGUCCCUAUUACUAUGGAUGGAUUAUACAAAAGAACUCGAAGUGGAUGAAACAUAUUAAUCAUCACAUUCUUCUCUGUCAACAGGCUGGGUUUUAUAAGAAGAUUGAAAGAUUACAAUAUGAUCCUAAAUACGAUGAGUCACAGUCAAAUACGGCGAGAUUGAGUUUUGAGCACAUGGCAGCAGCAUAUAUUCUGCUAGGGAUAGGGAUAGCAUUUUCUAUACCAGUUUUCUGGUUGGAACUUUUUUACUACAGAUCUUUUGUAAAAUAAUUUCUUAAAUAAAAA